AUGCUUCAAAACACUGAAUUGGGAUGGAUCGUCUCCGGAAAGGUUCCGGAUAGUACUCUCAGUGAAUCACAAUCGCUUAUCGUCGUCUGUUCCACUUCCGACCUUCAAGAUCAACUUGCCAAGUUCUGGGAGCUGGAAACAUGUCGUAGCCAGAGUACACUCUCUGUUGAGGAGUCAACCUGUGAGGAGCAUUUUGAUCGGACAACGAUCAGAGACGAGACGGGGAGAUUCAUCGUUACGCUGCCAAAGAAAAACAUGAUACUUGGCCAGUUGGGCCAUUCAGAAACCACUGCGAUUAAACGACUGAUAGGCAUGGAACGUCGUUUCUGCGGAAAUCCAGAGCUAAAGAAGAUGUAUACCGAGUUUAUCCAAGAGUAUCUUGAGCUUGGACACAUGAAGGAAGCUGUAGAGGAAGCGAAAGACGCUGUCACAAGAUAUUACCUUCCGCAUCAUGCUGUUUUCAAACCAGAAAGCACAACCACGAAGCUACGUGUAGUCUUCGAUGCUUCUUGUCCAACUUCAACAGGAAAUUCAUUGAAUGAUGCUCUUCUGGUGGGUCCUGUCUUGCAGGAUGAUCUGACUAGUAUUACUCUUCGCUUUCGCACCCAUCGUAUUGCUGUGAAUGCUGAUAUCGCCAAGAUGUACAGAAUGAUCGGAGUUCAAAGAGAAGAUCAUCCAUUGCAGAGUAUUAAAUGGCGAAACGAUAUUUCUGAACCAAUUCGUACGUUUGAGCUGUCAACUGUUACUUACGGAACAUCAUCAGCUCCGUACUUUGCCACUAAAUGCUUGCACCGCCUUGCAGAUGAUGGGGAAUCCACACACCCAAUAGCAUCCAGAGUGAUCAGGAAAGACUUUUAUGUCGACGACAUGCUUUCCGGCGUAGAUACGUUAGCAUUAGGUCAAAGGAUGCGCGUGGUCGUCUCGGAUGUGUCUCGUCUCUUCGACCCACUUGGUCUAGUUGGUCCUGUCAUCAUUCAAGCCAAGAUUUUUAUUCAGGAUCUGUGGAAGGAUAACAGCGACUGGGAUGAACCACUCAACCCUGAGCAUCAAGCACAAUGGCAGGAGUUUCGGAGAAAUCUUACAGGACUAGAAAACCUUACAGUUCCUCGGUGGGUGGGAACCGGUGGUAAUACCAAGACGGAGCUCCAUGGAUUCUGCGAUGCUUCAAACAAAGCAUAUGGAGCCUGCUUCUACAUUCGAACGAUCUCCGAAACGGGGGAGGUGUGUGUGAGGUUAUUGACAGCGAAGUCACGUGUUGCUCCUCUGGACAAUCCGAAAAAAGGAAACAAGCGACUUUCCACUCCGAGACUAGAGCUUUCAUCUGCUUUGUUGCUGGCCCAUCUAUUCGAGAAAAUCACAAACAGUAUUGGCAUAGAAACGAAGUGCUUCUUUUGGACGGACUCCACGAUCGUAAAAUGUUGGUUGGCAUCAUCGCCAUCAAGAUGGAAGCAAUUCAUCGCAAAUAGAGUUUCGGAGAUCCAACACAUUACCAAGUGUGGUGUCUGGAAUCAUGUAGCUGGUCUAGAAAAUUCUGCGGAUAUUAUUUCUCGUGGUAUGAUUCCAGCACAAUUACAUUAUGAAUCACUAUGGUUCAACGGUCCGCACUGGUUAAGUUCAGAUGAACACAACUGGCCUUCAGCUCCACAGAUUGACGAAGAAGACUUUGAUCCUUCAGUUCUUGAAACCAAGAGCAUAACAGCUGCUUUACCAACACGUCCUCCCAAUGAAAUCUUCAGUUUAAAAUCGUCGUAUACGGAGCUUCUACGACUCACCGCUUGGAUUCAAAGGUUUUGCUACAACUCUAAAACGUCGAAUCGUAACAACCGUCGUAAAGGUCAACUUACCGUGCAUGAAUUAGAUGAAGCACUGGAUUCUCUAGUACGCGUCUCCCAGCUUGAAUGUUUCCAACAAGAGGUAGCCGACCUAUCAAUGGGUAAAGAAAUUCGAGAAUCAUCGAAACUGUCGCCCUUGCACCCGGAGCUUAGGAAAGGCAUAAUUUGCGUUGGCGGCCGGCUUCGUCACGCUCAAAUUGCAACUCGUCGUAAGCACCCGUACAUCCUUGAUCACCAGCAUCCGUUUACGCUCCUCAUUAUUGCACACUACCACCGGAAGCUAUUACAUGGUGGACAACAGCUGAUGAUUUCGGCCAUUCGAGAACGUUUCUGGCCUACUAGUAUCCGGAAUCUGGUACGGAAAGUCAUUCACAGAUGUAUACCUUGCUUCAGGGCAAAACCAAAAGUUCAAGAUCAGCUAAUGGCAGACCUGCCUCCCGAGAAAGUGAACCUCUGCUCUCCAUUUCAAAGGGUAGGCGUUGAUUAUUGCGGCCCAUUCCAGAUCGCCUAUCCACAACGUCGUAGUCGUCCUGUAAAAAUCUUUAUAGCCGUUUACGUAUGUCUAGUGACCAAAGCAGUGCACCUAGAACUAGCGUCUGACCUUUCCGCAAAAGCUUUUAUUGCCACCUUGAAACGCUUCUCUUCUCGGCGCGGCAAGCCGGAGAUUAUCAUGUGUGACAAUGGAACUAACUUUGUCGGUGCAAGACGACAGUUAGAACAUUUGCGUCACUUGUUCAACAACCAGCAGUUUCAACAAUACGUAAUCAGCGCUCUAUUGGAGCCCAACUUUCCCACGCCGGUGGCUGCAAACAGGGUGUUGAUACUGCCGCAACAGCAACAACUACACCGUUACAACAGAGCUCACACAGUGCAAGCCGAAGAAAACAUUCAACAAUGCGAGGCAGAGGAGGACGAAGGUCUUGAACUGGUAGCAUGA